AAAACGGAGACUUGGUGCGAGUGAAAUAGGGCAGUUAGCUCCUCUAAUUUCUCUCCACCUCCUGAAACCCUCAAGGGAAGCCCAAAGAGACGCACGUCCCCUCCCUUGUCUUUUUUUCACAACCUGCUUCUUGUAUAUUUCUUGUUUUUUCUCAUUUUUACAUUUAUCUUUUCUUUUAGAUUUCAAGAAUUCUGAUUCGUUUUUGCCAGAGAAGCCUCGAUGGAUAAAGAACACCGCACAAGGGCCACUCAGAAAGAUCUUGGUUUCCAGCACCCGUAUUUUUACCAGAGGAAACGCAAUUAUGGAAGUUGCAGUGAUGUUGCUCUGCAUUAUUCAAUGGUGCAGCCAAACCGAUCAACGUGUGAUUUAUCAGCGAUUAAAUUGUCUGUAUCACCGGUCUUUGUUCAAGCACCUCAAGAGAAAGGCAUUAAAGGAUUUCUCACGGAUUUUCUUAUGGGUGGAGUCUCUGCAGCUGUGUCCAAGACUGCUGCUGCACCCAUUGAACGCGUGAAGCUUCUGAUCCAGAACCAGGAUGAAAUGCUCAAGUCGGGGAGGCUUUCUGAACCGUACAAAGGUAUUGGUGAUUGUUUCAGCCGAACAAUUAAGGAUGAAGGUAUGGUAUCUCUAUGGAGAGGAAAUACUGCUAAUGUCAUUCGUUACUUCCCAACUCAGGCCUUGAACUUUGCUUUUAAAGAUUACUUUAAGAGUCUUUUCAACUUCAAGAAAGACAGGGACGGAUACUGGAAAUGGUUUGCUGGUAACUUGGGUUCUGGAGGUGCUGCUGGCGCUUCAUCACUCCUCUUUGUUUACUCGCUGGACUAUGCUAGAACUCGUCUAGCAAAUGACUCGAAGGCAGCUAAGAAAGGAGGAGAAAGGCAGUUUAAUGGCUUGGUUGAUGUGUACAAGAAGACAUUGGCUUCUGAUGGCAUUGCUGGCCUAUAUCGUGGAUUUACUAUCUCGUGUGUUGGGAUUAUCGUGUAUCGUGGCCUGUACUUCGGAAUGUAUGAUUCCCUGAAGCCAGUACUCCUCACUGGGAAAAUGCAGGAUAGUUUCUUUGCCAGCUUCGCCCUUGGUUGGGUCAUUACCAAUGGCGCUGGCCUCGCAUCCUACCCUAUUGACACUGUCCGCAGAAGAAUGAUGAUGACAUCCGGUGAAGCAGUGAAAUACAAAGGCUCAAUGGAUGCCCUUUCCCAGAUCAUGAAGAACGAAGGUGCCAAAUCGCUCUUCAAAGGGGCUGGUGCCAACAUUCUUCGCGCUAUUGCAGGUGCUGGUGUGCUUGCUGGUUACGACAAGCUGCAAGUGCUAGUUCUUGGCAAGAAGUACGGAUCUGGUGGUGCAUAAACAACAGGGUACACCCUGAUCCCUUCAACAUUAGAUAGUGAUGAAAAUAAUUUCGACUUUUGAUCUCUCGUACCAACACUAUGUGUGAUUCGUUAAAUAAAUCAGGAGUUGUUCCCGAACCACGCAAUUCCUUGUUAAGUAUCUUUUCGAACUUGUAACUACACAGUAUUCAGUUCUUUAGUUUUAGUUAUAUGCAGUUUCUUGAUCAAGGCAUAUUGUUCGAAUUUGUGUUCUUUAAUAUCGAAUUUAUCAAACCUCUGCAAUUUCACGUCUCCAACAAAAUAAAAACUGUUUUCAGACUCUAGGAGCAACUUACAGACUUGAUAAAAUAUUUACAACCCGAAACAAAUUAUAUCUAGAACCUGGAUACAAGAUCAUUGAGCUUAAUUAGGAAAAAAACUCGGACAAUUUACCUUGAAUUAUUGCAAAGAAGGCAGUUCAAGAUUCUAGAGCAGGCGAACCGCAGACGCGGAUAAAACCUGUUAGUAUGAGCACUGGACUCCCUUAGCAGCUCCUCCAUGGUCUGCACAAAAAGAUUCAGGCUCCUCACCGGAGGAAUAUACAGAAUCAAUGGCACUGCAGAGAA